CCUCGAAGAGCUGAUUUUCCAAGUGACGGCUCUGUGCCUUCCUUCCUGUGUAUCCUUGGGUAUAGCUUAAAAGUGAAAAACUGGUUGUGAUGGCAGGAGGUCUGCCUAGCAUCAAGGAGGAGAUGGAAGCAUCCAUGGCUGAAGAGCUGGGUCCUGGAAGCUACAGGCAAGGCCAAGAGCAUCCGGUGAUAGCAGAAAUGAUGGAGCAUGGAUCCCAGUCCUUGGGUGCCUCUCAGCGGCGUCAAAGGUUGGAUACAAAGGCUGCUGGCUCUGCUGCAAGUCAACUGAUUUGGAAUAUAACUGCUGCCCUGCCCAAGAAAGUGGGACCCCAGGUGCCAAUACCCAGAAUGUUGAGAGAACAAGGCCAUGGUGAUGCGCACCCCCGGGAGUAUCCUAGUGGCUUCCAAAACAUGAGAUUCCAUUAUGAGCGCAACCCAGAGGCAGAUAUGGUGGCAGAGAUUGGCCUGGAAGAGCUAAAUGGACUGGAGAUGGAAGUCAUGAGAAGACAGCUGCAAGUGAUCACCAGCCGGCUGCGAGCCCUGGAGGACCAGGGUGCCACCUGGCGCCACAGGGAUGCUCUGAUCUUCACCGUGCUGGUGUCGGCCUGCGUGGCCAACCUGUGGCUGUGGAUGCGCCAGUGAUGCCUCAUGCCGCCUGAGCCCACUUCUCCUUCCUCUUCUUCCCUUUUCUCCCUGGGCCUCCCUUGCCCAUCCUCUUUCCAUCUCCCAGCAGUCCUUAGCAGCAUCAGAGCCAUUUUCCAGCUCUGGUUACACAGGUUGCCCUAGCUGCUGGGAGGUAAAAGAAGUGUGGCGUUCCAAAGGUCUGAAUGGGCUGAAAUGUAGCCACUUUGGAGGGUGAAGAAGGUGGCAUCUCAUCCCCACAGUAACACCAGUGGCAGGGGCUUCCUGCUUGCCCAUCAGGGCUCCAUGGUGACCAUCUCAGAGCUGAACCUUACCUCUGUGCCCUCAACGUCCCUUCUGUUCCAUCGUCUGUGGCAGGGGCUUGGCUGUGCCUUCCCAGUUUUCUUCCUUUGUGUACAGGGCUCUACACAGAAAUUGCACUCAAUAAAAGUUCACUGAUAGCAGCAAA